AUGGAUCAUGGACAACAGCACGUCCACGCGCCCAACUCGACCCUGAGUCCCAACAACACGGCCGACGACUCGACGCGUGACGACGGCACGCAGAGCUACACGGGGUACGGCUACUACAACACCAAGAUCACGACGAGCGGAGCCGACUGCGCCACCACAAACGGCGUCAUCCAAGAGCUGUGGCCGGACAAGUCGAUGCGCAACUACAAGUAUGCGUCCGAAGUGUUUAAAGUGUGCGUCGUCCAGGUUGGCGUGAUUGUCGGCGUCGUGGUGGUCUUGGGCGUUGGGGUGUUUUGCUUUGUCAAGCGGCGCAAACCCCAGCCGGAAUCCACGAACGGAUACCCCGAGCGGUCGAGCCGCGGCGGCCGCAAGUCGGGAGGCGGCGCUGCCAACCAGGAUCACUACCACCAAUUUGACGGUGGCGACAAUGGUUCCAACAACCGGCGGUCCGUCACUCAAAACGGAACAACGCACAACAACUCGGGCAACCGGUUCUCCAACUCGGGAGGCCAGUCGAUGCCGUCCUUGACGUCGACGGAUGAGAGCAACAUCAACUUGGCGCCGCUCGCGCUCGUCCGCAUCGAGGCAAGGGAUGUCUUGCUCCAACAAAACCUCGGAUCGGGUGCGUUUGCAGAGGUGUGGCGCGGCUCUUUUCUCGGGGAUGAUGUCGCGGUCAAGAUGCUGCAUCCAAGCUGCGUCAAAGUCACCCAGAUUCAAUCCUUUGUGAGUAAAAUCCAGCUCAUUAACUCGUUCGACUCGCCGUACAUCGUAAAGCUUGUUGGCGCGUGCUGGACGCGGCCGUCGGAUUUGCAAUGUGUCAUGGAGCUCAUGGACGGCGGCGACUUGAAGGAAUACCUGCACACGCACUCGCCGGCGCAAUUUGCUUGGAUCGACAAGUACAGACACAUUUACCAGAUCGUCGAGGGCCUCGUCUACUUGCAUUCGCUCAACAUUAUCCACCUCGACGUCAAGUCGAACAACGUGCUGUUGGAUUCGACCAAGGGCAUCAAACUGACCGACUUUGGCGUGAGCAAAGAGGACAUUCAAGCCACGAUGACGAUGGGCGUCGGCACGUUUCGAUGGAUGGCUCCAACGCAUGUCGGCGUUUUACUCGGGGACUCGUGUCUUGAGUCCACGCGCAUCCAUUCGCAACGUAGAGGGGCGUGA